CUCAUUUGAAGGCAGGUAAUUAAAACACGUAAAAAAUGGUGAAAUUUUUUAACAAUUAGCAACCUUCAGAGGUGUCUUUUGUUUAAUGGGAGAAGGACUCAAGGAUGGAAAUCACAAUUUUCAUUGAAACAGCUUCUGCAAGACAAGAUUUAAAGUGGUCAAGAUUAUUGUACAAUGUAGAGCUUAUGAUUUUGCAGGCAAUCAACAGCUUAUUAUGAGCAUUAUCAACUAUUAUAGAAUUAUAUUUGUUUCACACAUUUACAAAAUUUAACUCUAUUCAUAUUUAUAGCUUAACUUUUUCCAAGCAUUUAAUUAGAGGAUACAAUAAAAAGGGGAGUAAAGAAAGGUAGAGAUCUGUGGACAUGUGAAAAUUAUUUCCUACCAAGAUUUCCAUAAUUUUUGCUGUUUUUACUAUUCUAAUUUCUCCACUCAUCAGGCAUCUGGCAUAGGCUAUGUGACUAAGAUAGGCUAUACGACUAAGAGAAGUGUGAGUGAUCCAGAACUGGUCUGUGCCUAUUAUGUUAUAAUUAAUUAACUGAGUAAGAACUCUGCUGGUUGCUCAGUCAUCAUUAUAACUCAAAUGUGACCAGUUGUGACAGGGUUUAUUUCAGAAAUAUUUCAGGUGUUCAUAGCUUUCUGGAUCAGAAAGUAACUUUCUUUGAGCAGCCCAUGUUAACAAAACAGAAGUUGUUCAUCAAAUAAAUUUGUACACUGUUUGGUAAUUUUAACAUUUUUUAGUUACACUUUGUUUUUCCAUAGAUUUUUAUUAUCAGAAUUGUCUUUUUUUAAGUAAAAGACAUCAGGGAGAGGGUAGAACAUUAAUUUUCUUCAACAUCACAAACAAUAAUUCGCAAGACAGAUUCAGGAGUGAUUCAGCGGUAACUGUUUCUUUAUGUAAAUUGUGGUGCAUGCAAAUUAUACAGGAAUAUUAGAUUUACAAAGUGAAUCUGUUCAUAAAAAGGAAAGACUAUUGUUAUCACUAGUGACUAACAUUACAACAACCUAAGCUGAAGUCAUCAUCACUCCCCUAAGGUUGUUGAAACCUCCACCUCCAACACUAACAACAGUUCUUCCUUGGACAACCCUCACCAACAGAUUAUGGAAAAUGUUCCUUCUAUUGAUUUCCAUGUGAUCUCUGAUUGGGAUAUAUUAGGAAUAACAAUACAAGUCAGUCUACAGUAGCACUAUUUAUUAGAAAAACAUAUGAAGACACCUAAAGGACAAAGGAUAUGUAUAAAAUCCUAGACAGCCAAAAUCAAGUCUUAAACGAUUUUGUCCAUAAUGUAAAUGAUACGGCAUCUAUACCUAAACUUGCGCUUUCAGGAUUUACUGUUAAAAUGGGGUCUGAUUUCUAACCUCAUAUCUUGAGAUUGACACAGUUUUGAAAAUCAACACAUCUUUUGUUGCUCGGUUGUUGUUUGGCGUGUUUUGAUAUCAAGACUGGGAGGCGCGGAUACUAUUGUUUGGCCAGGCUACUGAGUAUACAACAUGGCGACGAGUUUGCAGGGUUGCCCAUCGUCCAUGUAAUAUUUUUAUCCCUCUAGAAAUGGAAGUGAGGAGAUUUAGGAAUUAUUAUUGUCACCAUGCCAGAAAAAGUGAAAAUAAUAGAAUGGCAUCAGUUGGAAAAGAAAAAGUAUUUUCUUUUUAUGAACGUGUACAUGUUAACUACAAAUGCUGUGCUAUUUCCGGUCGAGUUAGUGAAAACUCGACUCCAACUCCAGCGGACCAAAGCUCUUUACAAAAACACGCUGGAUGUCGUUUACAAGACUGUGAAAAACGAGGGAUUUUUAGGACUUUACAAAGGAUUCCCGGUAAGUCAGUUCGGCGUUCUCACUGGACAUAUCUACGCUUCAAGCUACGAAAUUUCCAGAGAACAAUUCUCCACGCUGCAAAAUGCAGCCCGCGGAUUUUUAGCUGGAGGUCUCGCUGCUGCGUUAGAACAAACCUUUAUAAAUCCAGUAGAUGUUAUAUGCCAGCGAAUGAUGGUUGAAGGGCAAGGAGAAAGAAAUAAGCAGCGCGUUACCUUGAGAUCUGUCGUGAUUGUAAAGCGAGUAUUGAAAGAGCAUGGAGUUUUUGGCUUUUAUCGUGGGUUUACGGCGUCUUUGAUGGUCGAGGGGCUCUGGAGUGCCACUUGGUGGGCCUCUUAUGGGUUCUACUUAGAUAUGAUUGGGAAAAUGGUUCCUGAUGGAACGUCACAUCUCGUUAUCAAGGGUCUGUCCGGGAUGCUAGCUGGAAUUAGCUCUGCUGUGGUGGGUAAUCCCAUUGACGUCAUUAGGGUCAGACUACAGGUGGAAGGAAGAAAGUCUAUUUUGAGAACUCUGCAUGAUCUGCUCAAGAAUGAAGGAGCUCUGGCUUUAACAAAGGGAAUGUUUGCUAGUGCCGUUUCUGAGAUGCCCUGUAGUGCUAUUACAAUAAUUGGGUAUGAAAUGGUCAAGAAACUAAGCUUGAAGGAGAAUUCUGUCAUUGAAGAUUUGCUUAGGCAAUCUUUUGUUCUUUCCUGGAUGCCGGAGGAAGUCAAACAGAUUGAGUGGCAGCAUGUUGACAAGCUUAAAUACUACACCUACGGAAGUGUUUUCUUCGUUGGAGUAAAUACUAUUUUAUACCCAGCAGAUGUGAUCAAAACUCGACUGCAACUGCAGCGGACAAAUGCUCUCUACAAAGGAACGCUUGAUGCUGUUUUCAAAACCUUCAGAUCUGAAGGACUUAUUGGGUUUUACAAAGGAUUCCUGGUGAGCCAAAUGAGUGUUUUAACUGGGCAUUUCUACGUGACAAGCUACGAAGUUUCACGUUCGCAAAUGUCUUUCUUUGGCGAUGGCACUCGAGGAUUUGUGGCCGGUGGAGUUGCGGCGCUAAUGGAGCAGUUUUUAGCAAAUCCAAUCGAGGUGAUUUCUCAAAAGCUUAUGAUUCAAGGACAAGGAGAAAACAACACAAAACUUAAGGGAGCUCUUCACAUCUCUGCAGACGUGUUUAAAGACUAUGGUGUGGGUGGUUUCUACAGGGGAUUUGUCCUCUCGUUAAUGACCGGGGCAUUGUGGAGUGCUGUCUGGUGGGGCUCAUAUGGUGUGUACAUAGACAUAAUUGGGGAUUACGCCCCACAUGGUACAUCUCAUCUUCUAAUCCAGAGUGUCGCUGGUGGACUUUCAGGGUUGAAUGCAGCCGUCAUUGGGAAUCCGUUUGAUAUUGUAAAAACAAGACUUCAGGUUGAAGGUGGAAAAUCCAUGACCAAAUCCUUUCAAGAACUACUCAAGAAAGAAGGACCAAAGUCAUUGACUAAAGGAAUGCUUGCUAGUAUAUUGUCUUGGGUUCCUUCAAGUGUUAUCAUGAUAGCUGCAUAUGAAACUGUUAAGAAACUCAGCCUUAAAGAGAAAUCCAUUGACUUGUUUAUUUAAUAAGUACAUGUAACACACUAAAUCUUCAACAACCACACACCUCAUCAAAGCAAGGGUAGACCACGAAGUAAGGGGAGAUUUCUGAGUUUUUAGCAAUUCCUCGAUUUGGUGCUUGUCAUGUAAAGCAUAGGAGCCCCCAAAGGACUCCUGGUAUGUUUUAUUCAAAAAAAAUUUCUCCUCUGUUGUGUCAUACAGGUCAACCCUUGCUGCACUUCUAUAAUUAUAUAAAUGUCAGAAAAUGACAAUUACAAAGAAAAUAUUAAUUAUUUCAACUUGAGAGACAUUUGGUGCCCUUGCUAUUGAUUAGGAACAGUUCCAGCCAUGUGAAUUUACUGUUACAUAAUCUUUAUGCACUCUUCAGCGUGGAAGGGAAUCCUUUUACUGCCAUUACAUUGUAACCCAUUUUAAUAAAACAGUAAUUCCACUUGUG